GAGAAUAAAUGUUUUAAAGUAUUUGAUUGAAAAAUACAAUUUUAAAAUUUUGGAUCCUGGUAUCAUCUCUAUCCUUCGGUUCGAGGUGUCAUUUUCCCCACUGUAGUAAUUGUUUGGUGUCACCUUCCUGCAUCGAAGUUCAGAAUGAUUCUCGCUGCCCCAUAACCUGCACAGCAAGAUCCAGCACGUCCCAUACUCAACAUUAUUGUCAUCAAAAUUGCUUCUCUUCAUCCUUCCGCCUGUAGAAAUUUCUUGUUUGACUACUGAGUUAUUAGAGCUCAAGAAUAAGAAGUGGAAAAUGAUGAUGACGAUGAUGAUGGGAUUAAGCGUGCAGAGCAUGUUGGAUCUCGUGGUGGCUGGGGUUUCCCUUCUGAUUGGUUUGGGAAUUUUUGGUUUCAUUGCUUCAAUCCUAUGCUCUGCUGCGUUCUUCCUCAAUUCCAAGGACGUAUCCUAAAUCCUAAAUCCAUGCAAUAUUUGUACACGAUCUUUCUUUUGUGGGAAUGUCUACAUCAAAUAGCAGGGAUAGAUCCUUGAAGAGAUUUCCAUAUCACACACAUUUCCUCCUCCCGAACACAGACUAAUUACGCAGUGGAAAAUAUCAUCUUUACUGACUUCUAUAGAGAGACGUUUUAAAUUCAGACAUAUGCUGUGUCAUUGAUACGAUCCCUAGUCAACGUAGCCAUCAUCUAAGGACUCAUUAGAUGCGAAAGAAGAGGAAAAUGGAUGAAAGUGAUUCUGUUGGGCUGACUCCCUCAAAAUGUAUCAUUAAUUCGUUAUUAAUUGCUGGGAUAUUUUAUUUUCAAUUGCUUUAAGAGUUUGUUAAGAAA